AUGCGAAAGGUGGGGGUGGGGGCGGGGGCCCGCCUCUUCCACAACAAGGUGUACAACCGCUACGUCAAGCGCACCUCCAAGUUCAUGGCGCACGACGAGGCCGAGACCUGCAACAUCGGCGACAGGGUUAGGCUGGAUCCUUCUAGGCCGUUGAGCAAAAACAAGCAUUGGAUUGUUGCCGAGGUUCUUCGCCGAGCUAAGAUGUAUGUUGCGCCGCCACCUGCACCAAAAGCUUCUGGUGCCACAACUCAACAAACUAGUACCAAGUCAUCUGCCUGAAGAUCCUCAGAGCCCAACACAUACAUGUCUUUCAGAAUCUCUCUUCUGUACUGACCGACAGCAUGUCCAGAACCAUCUGACUGAAUAAACAUCGGCUGUUAUGAA